AUGCCUUACACUACCGAGUGUCGAAAAUACCUGACGAGCCUUGGGCUCGGCUACGCAUUGGUAUCGGACCUCCUCCUACGCGAACACCAUGUUGUCAUCGCUUCGACUCGUCAUCCUACCAUUCCUAACGCCCUUGAACUUCUUCCACGGCAUCCAUCAUCCUCCAUCGUACAUUUGACGGCCGAGGAGACUUCUCCUAGCAGCGAUGCGUCAGCGGCGGACGCCGCGGCCGGCGCUACGAAACUGUUGGCUUCCCUUUCGCUAGCUGGACACCCACAGAUCGACCAUAUCGACGUCGUAGUCGCGAAUGCUGGUACCUCGGGAAUUCGCCAGUCCAUUCUCGAGACCAGCCAUGCCAAUCUCCUGGAGUGCCUCCAAGUUAAUGCUCUGGCACCUCUCCGCCUGCUACAAACUGCCUGGCCAUUGCUGCAACGUGCCAAAACGCCCAAAUUUAUCUUUAUUGGAAGCGUGGCAGGCAGUGUUUCGGGGGUUGAUGAGACCGGAGGGUGGUCCAAUGCCGUCUACGGAGCUAGCAAAGCUGCAGGCCAUUAUCUGGUAAGGAAGGCUGGAAAGGAGCUAGAAGGCCACCUUGCGGUUGGUGUGAUACAUCCCGGAUGGGUGCAAAGCGAGACGGGAAACAAGAGAGCCGUUGCCCAAGGUUUGGAAAAGGCCCCGGUAACUCUGAAGGCGUCGGUGGAAGGAAUCCUCGACGAAAUAGCACGGAUGGCCCCAGGGAAGGAUGCUGGAUUUCGCACCUUUGAUCACGGUAAUAUUGCGUGGUAG